GAUAAAUUGGCUCGUGUAUUUGCACUUGGUGUAUGUGUGUUUUGAAUUUCGAGAAAAGUUCGGGCAUUUUCCAUGGACAAAUACAUUUUAAAUAGAAAAUUCGACAGAAAAACAAAACCACAUCGUGCGUCUAACUAAAUUGACAUUUUUUUUCAUUCUGAUUUUGGUGAAUUUUCACAACGAUUGUGUGCACACUUGUGUGCAAAGAACAACAGCAACGCAGAAAAAAAACGUGUGUGUAAACGGAAUUUUUUUUUGUGUAUAUCAGAAAUUGCGCGAAAGAACAACGAGUUUUGUAUUUUGAUUUUGGAUUGAUUUGGUUGCAAUUAUCAUUUAAAUCGCACAUAUAUGAUGUAUAUGAUGGUGUUUUUUUCCUUGUUAUCGAAUUGAUGUGUUAUUGUUUCUUGUGUGUAUAACUAGCAGUCGCAUUUUCUCAUUUGCCAGUGAUUGAGUGUAUGAAGGAAAAAUAUAUUGUUGUAUAUAGGCAUUGACGACAUAUGUGAAAAGUGUGGUUAGGUUUGUGACUAGUGUCAAAACCUCGAAUUUCAUCAAGUGUAGUAAUACCGUACCAUUGGCUUACGCGCGUAUAUAGUAUAUUUAUUGCACAUAUAUACGAUCCGUAUGAUUUUGCCGUCAUUCAUAGAGUUUAUUUAAAAAGUGUGAUUUAAGUGAUAAAUGUGAAAAAAAAGAAGUUGAAUUUUUGUUGUGUGUUCGUCAAAUAAUUCCGAUAAUUGUUCCGAAGGGAGGGAAUUGCUAAUGGCUGCAUCUGGCAUAAUAAUGGCUGCAUCGGCUGAUGAUGAGACUAUUUUACAAGGACGAGAUUUACAAUCCAUAUUCCAGCUAUGGGAACGAAAACACUCAACACCCGGUUUCGAUCCAGAAAUCAUUUUAACCAGAUUGUCCGAAAUUUUCGAAGAAGAAACAGAAAUUUAUAUGUGCAAAGAUCCUGAUCCGUUUGAUGAACGACAUCCAUCGCGUACAGAUCCCGAAUGUGAAUUGGGUCGCAUGUUGAAGCUAUUAUUUCGUAAGGAUCAUUUCAUGACACGUUUGGUCAAUGAUUACUUACGUGACAAUUAUUUUACGCGCCAAAGCAUUCAAAAGAGUUCACAGUCACUUAACAUUGCCGCAUGCCGUUUGAUUUUAUUGAUUAUGCCUGGUUUGGAGACAUCGGCAGUAUUUCAGUGUGAAUUUUAUUUUCGUGUUCAGGCGGAAAAUGAUAAUUUAAUCCAGCGUCUGUACAAUUGGGCAGAGGAGAGUGCUGAACCAUUGCGAAGCUAUGCAACAGGUCUUUUGGGUGCUGCAAUGGAAGUGCAGGAUAUUGCAAUUGGUUUUCGAGAGAACAAUACACGUUUGGUGCCGAUUGCAUUACGACGAUUGCACACCCUUCAAGCUGAAGAUCGAACCGCAAAACAGGCGGAAAUAUUGGCCAAUGGUCAAACCGAUUAUCAUCCAACAUCAACAAAUUCACAACGAACGAUAUCCAGAAAGAGUUCAACAAAUGUUGAAAACAGCAACGAUAGCAGUAAUGUAACGUUUAAUAAUUUAACCGAUUUAUGUCGACCAUUUGAAAAAUUUGGAACCGAUUUGGCAUCAAGUGCAUCAGUACCAAGUAGCCCAGAAACGCGCAGUCCAAAGCACAACGGUGCCCAUGUUCCAAUAUUUCGGAAUACAAUCAAUGUAUCCGCACUUUUUGAAAAUAGUCAACAAAGUUGUGAUUUUAAAUAUAACGUACGAUAUUCGAUUCCAAUACAUCCGUCAACAUCGGAAACCUAUCAAAUGUUAACACUACGGUACUUAGCAUCGCUCGGAGAAUAUCAAGAAUUUUUGGGUCAAGUAUUUGAACAUAAUGCACUUCAGUUGAUUUUUCGCUAUAUUGAAAAUUUAGAUCCGAAAAAUACAUGCCUCGCAUUUGAAGCGCUCAAAUAUUUGGCAUCGUUGUUAUGCCACAAAAAAUUCUCAUUGGAAUUUAUCAACAAUGGCGGUUUGGAACGAUUGCUUAAAGUGCCUCGGCCAAGCAUAUCGGCAACAGCCGUUUCAAUUUCACUAUACUAUUUGGCAUACUGUGAAGAUGCAAUGGAACGAAUAUGCCUGAUGUCACAACAAGUCAUACCCGAAGUGGUUAGCUAUGGAUUGUGGCUGCUAUCGAGUGCACAUGAUUCGGGCAGAUGUCAUGCAACAAUGUUCUUUGGGCUAUCAUUUCAAUUCAAGCUGUUCCUCGAUGAAUUUGAUCGACAAGAUGGACUAAGAAAACUGUAUAAUGUCAUAUCGGUUCUUCCUAUUCUUGGAACAGAAGAUCAUAAUCUUAACGAUGACGAUGAAUGUGCUGCACGUCAAAUGGUUCGUCAUGUUUGUGUUGCAUUAAAACGCUAUAUGGAGAGUCAUUUGUUCUACAAGUACACACAACUAUCGCGAUUGAAUGAACCAACGGUGUCGGCAGCAAAUGCAGCACCAUUGUUCAGAGCUCCGAAAUUCACAUUGGAAAUGAUCAUGGAACAAGCGACAGCAUUGCAAGAACUAUUGCCAAUUAGAAUGCGAUGGGAGCCGGUUGAAAAGAUUUUAUCAUUAAAUGGUGUUCAAUUGAUGUUACGUGUAAUCGCCUAUUCAUACGAAUGGAGCUUCAGUGGAAGUUUCUCUUCUAGAGCUGAAACCGUGCGUUCAGCCUUAGAUGUUUUGGCCAUUUGUUGUGUCAUACCAAAAGUUCCUGUAGUAUUUUGUGAAAAAAUGGAGUUACCGGAUGAACCAUCAGCGGCUGGUAUUAAUUUCAUACUGGGUGCAUCGGAAGGUGAAAUUGUGGCCGAUGCCGAAGUGCAAAAGUCUGCUUUGGCCGUUUUGGUGCAUUGCGUAUGCGCUCCGAUCAAUAUUCCACAAUCAGCCGUUCGUUAUGGUACGAGCAAAACAAAAGCACCAAAUAAGAUGCUCUUGGAUAUGAUAUCAAAAGUAUGGGAGAGUGUUCGUUCAAAUAAUGGUAUAAUUGUACUGUUACAAUUGAUGGAAAUCAAAGUGCCAAUUACAGAUGCUGAUUGCAUACGAGGUUUGGCAUGCCGUGCAAUGGCCGGUUUGUCACGUUCCGAUACGGUUCGUCAGAUCGUCGGUAAAUUGCCAUUAUUCACAAAUGGCCUCUUACAAAGUCUUAUGCGAGAUCCAAUCUUACAAGAGAAACGUUUCGAACAUGUUCAAUUUCAAAAGUAUGCAUUGGAAUUACUAGAACGUGUGUCGGGAAAGACAAAAAGUUCCAAUCAACUUGAUACAUCGUUGGCAAAUAUUCACAAAGCAAAUGUCGUUGCACAGACAAAAAUCCAAUUCAACGAUCAACAAUUGUAUGAAUUGAUUUACGAUCAUUUGAUGUCGAGGGGCUUAAGUGAGUCGGCAAAUAUUUUGCAAAAAGAAGCAAAUCUUCCAAACAAUAUUGGUUCAUCGAAAGUAUCAAGUGCAGCAUUUCAUUCACCAUUUUCAUUUCGAACACCAACAACACCGGCAAGUCGUUCGCGUAUUCGAAAUAAACCAAGCGACUUUAAUGCAGCCCUAAAUGCGCUCGACGCCCCAACACCAAUGGACCAAACAAUCACAACGAAUGGUGAAUUGAAUGGUCAACAAAAUUCAAUUGCUGAUCCAUUAUCGAUCGGCAUACCACCAAUUAAAUUAAUAAAAAAAUCCACCGGACCUCCAACACCCACUCAUAAUUCACAACAAAAUCAUCAUCCACAUUAUCAACAGCGAUCGUUACAAAAACAAAUAUCGGCCGUUGAACCAACAACACCAAUUUAUACGGGUUUUGCGGCCAGAGCGCAACAACCAAAUGGCGUUCAUACAAAUUCAUCGAAAAAUGUAACGCUCGAGACAAUAAUCACCGAAUAUUUAACGAAUCAACAUGCUUUGUGUAAACAUCCAAUGUCAACAUGCCCACAAUUUGAUUUGAUUGUACCACAUAAAUGUCCAGAUCCACGAACAAAUAAAGUAUCCGGAAUGAGUACGAAUUUUGCGGCACGAUUUUUCCGUCAACAAGCUGGUUUCAACGGUCGACGACUGGAUCGUCGAUUAAUUCAUUCAAAUUUCUGUGCAGCCCGAACAAUUCGAGCCGAAGAUCCAGAUCUAUUUUUUAUUUGCUGUGACAUUGCACCGUGCGCAACAAGCGUUGCGGUCGGUUCAUACAAUGGCGAAGUUAAAGUUUAUAAUAUCAACGAAAGUGGCGAAGAGUUUUCAUUCAGUUGUCACGAUUCAUUUAUUAGCAAUAUUAAAUACAGUCGAGAUGGAAAUUUUAUUGCAACAUCAACGACAUGGCGUCAACCGUUGUCCGCACUGUGGAGCAUUGAAAAUAAACGAUUCAAUAUGAAAUUACGAUGGGAUGAUGAUGAAUAUAUGGAAUUUGCCAAUAUAACCAAUGAUCGAAUCUUAGGUACAAAAGGCGAAAAGGCCACCAUUUAUGACUUAAACACCGGACAGAUGGUCAGACAAUUUGUGCCAAGUAUUUAUAAUCAAUAUUCGAAGAACAGAGCCACAUACUAUCCAACCGAUGAAUUAAUUUUAUCAGAUGGUGUACUAUGGGAUGUACGAUCAGGAAAAGAAAUUCAUAAAUUCGAUAAACUUAAUCAGGCCAUCUCUGGUGUAUUCCAUCCAAAUGGACUUGAGGUCGUUUCAAAUACAGAGGUAUGGGAUUUGCGAACGUUCCAUCUGCUGCGAACUGUGCCAACAUUAGAUCAAUGCCUGGUAACAUUCUCACCGCUUGAUGUCAUCUAUGGUAUAUCAUACUCAGAGGUUGAAAACCGAUUCGACAUGGAUCAAGUUAGUUUCAGUUAUGAGCCUAGCUUCAAGACGUUAGACAGUUAUGACUAUUCAAGCAUAGCAACUCACGACGUAAAGCGUGACAUUUAUGAUUUAAGCAUUAAUAAAUAUGGAAGUCAAAUAGCCAUUGUGGAAAAUCAAGGUGAUUACGAAUCAGUUCAGGAAUCGGCUGUGAGAAUUUAUUCGGUGGGUCGUCGGAAAAAUAUGGAAGACGAAGCUGAAGAAGACGAUGAAGAUAUGGGAAUGUCGGAUGAUGGUUCAUCAGACAAUGAUUCAGUUGGUAACGAAAGUCGGAGAAUGCCAUUGGUUCCGUUCUUAGAUGGUGACAGCGACGAUGAUCCCGACGACAAUGCUGAUGAUUCCGACGAUUCAGAUGACAACUUGGAAGAAUGGCUGAAUAAUUCAGGGAGUGAUGAUGAUAUAAAUAUCUUCAAUAUUGAGGCCGCAGAUGGCCAAGGAAACAACGUAGAUGAUGCUGAUGAAAGUGCACAAUGGACUACGACCGACGAUGAAGAUGGCAACGAUUAAAAUCAGCGAGAACAGAUAGAUAUAGGAAGAGAAAAAAAUUGUGCGUCUGCGGGGAGGAAAUCGAAAACAGUUGUCAAGAAAGAGAGAACACGAGAUUAAAAUCAAAAUAAAUUGUAUUCAAAUCAACCAUUUUGAAAAGUUUUGUUCUUUAUCUGUCAUUUACUCUGUUAAGUGAUUUCAAAUAAAUUUAACACUUUAGAAUAA